AUGGCCAAUUUAGCCCAUUAUUUUGUCAUUGUCUGUCUUUGUCCAAGAGGAAAACGCGGUAAACGUGGAUUAGCCGGAGAACCCGGUAAUGCGGGCGAAAAAGGUGACAAAGGUGACAAAGGUGAAAGUGGCCUUGAUGUUAUCACUACUUCAAAGGGACUUGCUUCAAUGGGCCUAAUUGCUACUCCUCGUGAUAUACUUUUAAUGAAACGGGUUACCUGGGGAUCCGGGCCCCCCCGGUCCAAUUGGUCCAAUGGGGCCAAUCGGCCCCCCGGGCCAUUAGGAAAAGAUGGAUUACAAGGACCAAAGGGCAAUACCGGCGAUUUAGGGCCACCGGGAAUGAUGGGUCCACCUGGAUUGCCAGGCCCUCCCGGAAAAGCUGGUCAAAAAGGUGAUAAAGGUGAUCGUAGUAAUGGUAAUAGUGGUGGUGUUGGUAAUAGUAUGGCUAGUAUGAGUUUUAUGAAAUCACCACCCGAUUAUGAAGCAUUUGCUGAUCGUUCCGAAAUGUCUUAUGCCCCUGUUCCUGGUCCACCGGGUCCGCCAGGACCACGUGGACCACCGGGCCUUAAAGGUGAUUCGGGCCAAAAAGGUGAACCGGGCGAUAAAGGUGAAAAUGGAUCAAUGGGUUUGCCUGGACCUCCGGGUCCUAAAGGAGAAUCAAUUAAUCAAUCGGAAUUUCCAUUCCGUUCGAUGAAUCCAACAGCACAGGCACGCCGUGCACGACAUCAAACACAUCAUAAUAAUCAACGUUAUAAUUUCAAUAAUCACAACAACAAUAAUAAUAAUAAUCGUCGAACAAUUGCCUUUGAACAAUGACCAUAAAAAUUGAAUUGAAUCAAUCAACACACACACACACAAAUUCAAAUAAUAGAAUUCUUCAACUUUUUUUUCUGUCAUUUCUUUACUUUUCAUGUAAUUUUCACUAUUGAAUUUUCAAUAUACCAAAAUGAUGAUGAUAUAAUAAAAAUUAUCACCCAAUUUAA